GACCAUUCAGUGGAGCAUAAUACGUUUUUCCAGUGCAACAAAUUGAUUAAUAAAAAAAAUAUAUCACGUCCAGUUGUUAGAGACCGAUUCGACCGUGUUAAAAAGUGUCUUGUCUACGUCGUGAAAGGGUCAUGUUAUGCUGGCAUCAGCUGUUUUCGAAAAAUCGAAUGUCUAAUACGAAUUUUCAUUCGGGCCGGCAGUUUGACGUCAGCUCUUAAACAGUGCGGACGAAGUGAAUACAUAAAACCAGCUAUGUAAUGGCAAAGGACGGACACCUCCAUGACAGUACACUCGCAGACGCCGCACGAAACGCACCUGUUACUCUCCGUCACACGUUCCCGCGCAAAUCCGCGAAAAAUGUAAUUGCAUUCCGAAAUUAGAACCACAGAUUAAAGACUGCAUGGGGUAAAAAAAAAAUUAUAGACUGGGCAGUGUAUAUAUUAUCUGUAAAUAAAGUGUUUUUUUUUUUUAAGUGUAAAUAUAUUUAAUUUUAAAAUUAUAAAAUCCUGUGAUAUUAGUAAUUAAGAGAGCUGGAGAAAAUACGACCGCAAGCAUGGUUGGAGCACCCGAUGUUGUCAAGCCAUCAGAUAAGGUCGAAGCCUACUCACCGCACGUCAACGGAAACCCGAUUUUUACUAUCAGCGAUGAGAUUAGCAGUCCGGACAGCGGUUUUACAAUGGCUUCGAUAAAUUCAAACGGGGAUCUAAAGAGCCCAGGAAGUCCCCCGGAUAAGAAGAUCACUGAAGCAGAUGCGGAAAAACAACCUUUAUCUGGCAAAAAAGAAGAAAGAUGGUGGAACACGUUGAUGCAAGUGGCGGUGCCGUUCUUCAUAGCUGGCUGUGGUACCAUCGGCGCUGGACUGGUUUUAGGGAGUGUGAGGAAUUGGGAGGUGUUCCAAGUCGUGAAGGCUAUAUUCGUCUUAGUGCCAUCUCUAUCGGGUUUAAAAGGAAAUCUCGACAUGUGCCUUGCGUCCCGUCUUUCAACUCAAGCGAACUUGGGGAACAUGGUAUCGCCGCGAGAAGUUAUAUCGAUGGUGGUCGGAAACAUAUCAUUAGUUCAGGUUCAAGCAAUAGUAGCUGCGACAGUGGUAUCAAUGUUUGCAGUGAUAGUGAACACAAUCGUCGAUAAGGCUUUCAACGGUGACUAUGUACUGUUGCUGAUAGCAUCUGCUAUCUUUACCGCUACUACGACUUGUUUUGUUUUGGAUUUCGUUAUGGUGAUGGUGAUAUUCGGGUCGCAGAAAUUUAAAGUAAAUCCGGAUAACGUCGCGACGCCCCUGGCAGCUUCCAUCGGAGACAUCGUCAGCAACUCUGUGCUUGCAGUCACUGCUCAAUACAUGUUUGAACAAAUAAAAAUCUCUUUAUGGCAGCCCAUUGCUCUCCUUUGUGUCUACUACAGCCUUCUUCCGAUCUGGGUGUUUAUUGUUUGGAAGAACAAAUACACCAAGACCGUGCUCACGACUGGUUGGACGCCAGUUAUUUCAGCUCUCUUCAUCAGCGGUAUCGGAGGUAUUGUCCUUGACCAAGCGGUUGAACAAUAUCAAGGCUACGAGGUCUUCCAACCUAUAGUUAAUGGUAUUGGUGGUAAUCUGGUCUGCGUACAGUCUUCGAGACUGGCUACAAAUCUCCAUCAGACUGCAAUCCCUGGGGUUCUUCCUGAGAACACGAGGAUUAUCGAAUGGCCGUGGAAGACUUUGUUCUAUGGAACUACCGCUUCGAAGGUUGCUCGAAUGUUGCUCAUCCUCGCGGUCUGCGGUCAGAUCAUAUUCAUGGUGGUCGCUGACUUCGUGUACCAAGGAUUCGUCUCCCUCCAGUUCGCAUUUGGAAUCACUUACGUAUUAUGCUCAUUAAUACAGGUCAUGGUGCUUUUGUAUCUUUCAUACAUCUUGAUUCACUUCAUGUGGAAGAAGAAGAAGGAUCCGGACAACGCAGCUAUCCCUUACCUGACGGCUUUGGGCGAUCUCCUGGGCUCAGUUUUUCUCGGUCUAGCGUUCGUUAUUCUGUCUUUAUUCGGUCUGGAAUACGGUAACAAUGUUCCGACCUAGACAAUUAAAUGUGGCUGAAAACCAAAAAAAUAUAAAUAAAACUUUUAAUCUGAAUCUUACACCGAUCUAUUAAUGCUACUGCUAUGCGUAGGUGAUAGUGGCGCCUUAGCACAAAGCGAAUAACUUCAUAAACAUUGUCACGUUCAUCGUAUAUGUUGGGAAUCGGUCACGAGUUCAGUCUUAGUAAUUUAAUCGAAUCCAAAUUGAGCGUUUGCGCUAUUUCGUCCGUCAAAGGUUUGUAAGAUUUGUAUGAAUUAUUUUACGGAUUUGUCGGAACAGUAUUAUGGGCAUGAAAGGACAAAUACUUAAACUAUGUAGUGCCAAUUAAUUUCGGGAUUGUAUACUAUUGCGAGGUUUGAUGCAAUGUAUCGUAAAUGUUUCUAAACGUUUAAACGAGUAUCAUAAAGAAUAAUAAUACAAAAAGUGACCCGCUUUCGUAGUGGUUCAAACUGUGAUAUGUUCCAAAAAAUGUGAUUAAAUGCAAUUAUAAUGUUUAAAUAAAUGUAUUAAUUCAUCUCGCGAUGGACAAUAAUUUGAUGACACUUGUUAAAUGUCAACGUGACAUUAGCGCUGCUAAAAUACUACAGAUAAUUUCGCUUGAUAAACAUCGAUUGACAGUUUUAUUCGUUUUUGACGCGAUAUGUCAAUGAUGUUUUUUUUUUUAAUGAAAUUCGGAAAGUGUAUGAUUGUAAGCAUUCAUUUCAUUCAGUAUAUAAUAUAUUGCAUUUAUUAAAUUCAUAUUCGUAAAUCUAUGAUCUUCAAAUAUUAAAAUAAAAAAUAUUUAAAUAGAAAUCUUUGCCAAUCGUGUAAUUUUCAUGUAUCUCUUAUAUCGAAAUUGUUUAAAAUUCUUAUUAAAAUAAAUUGAGUUACAGAGGCGUAACUAGAAUAUAAUCCAAAUUGCCUACAAUUUUUUUCAUCCGUCCUCUAUUCGGGCAAAGGUAACUGGACGAUGUGCCUUGUGACAGUCCUUUUAAGAAGACCUGAUUCAAAAACAAAAACGUAGAAGCGAAUAAGGUCCUUUUCUAGAACGUUUCUUUUUUUAAAAUUCAUUAUAGUUUUCAUUUCUAUGCAGCCCGGAAAUAAAAUUAUAUUUUGCGUAUUCUUUUUUCGAAUAUAAUUUUAGUAUUACCGCGCAUAUUUGAGAAAUAUCCUUAAACGUUAAGUACGACCUAUACACGGUAGACAGUUCCUAGUUACGCCAAUGUGGACAUAUUGUUAUCUCUUUUCAUUAUAUACAAUAUCAUUCCGAUAGACAGAGAUAAAUAUCUCAAUAGACUUUGAUAGCUUAGUUAGCUGUUAUUUUAGAAGAAUGAGUACAAUAAAGCAAUGUAUAGUAUUAAGAUACCUAAAGAUAAUUUAUAAAUAGUUGUAAAUUAAUAACCGAUUGAAUGAAAAUGGUUGUAAGUUUGCUCGACGUAUUAUGUAUAUUGUGUAUUUCAAAAUACUAGACGAAAUUUUUUUUUAUCUGUCUUCCUUUUGCUUGCUAUAAAAACAACUUUUUUAUUUUUAAUUGAUCAAAGGCAGACGCGGAUUCAACUCUUAAAUUUUUGGACUUAAUGUUUAAUAAUUUAAUCCACAUAUAAAUUUAUUUUUAUAUAAACGAAAUGAUUCCAAUGCAGUUUUAAUAUAAAAUAAUAUUUUAAUUCAGGUCGAAGCGUUGUUAUUGUUUGUAAUGUCACAAGGCAAUAGUGACGGUACAACGUAGGUUUUAAGGUAUAUAUUUGAAUGAAUGAUGUGAUACAACUGAGAUUUUAAUAUGUAUAUAUAGUUGAUUGUUAUGUAGUACGUAGGCCAAAUAAUCGCCGCUGACGUUUUUCUUCAUAAGCCCAUAUUAUUGUCAGAUUGAGAUUGAAAAGAAUAUUUUCACAAAAUAUGAUUUCAAGUAACGUUUCUGACGCAAGGAGGUUUCAUGCGUAUUAUGUUGUAUUUCUGUUCGUUGUUAUAUAUUUGGUGCUUUGAACGACUUAAAGAUAUGUUUAAUAUUAAAACGGUAUACAGUUAUUCAGCAUAGUUAGCAGGCUAUCUUCGUAAUAAAAAAGGAUUACACGUUUCAAAUGAAAUUUUAUUAAAUAUUUAUAAAAAUUAAACCCGAUGUAGGUUUGAAUCGUGUGUAACUGCAGGCGCAAUGGACAUAACAUCUUGACUCCCAAGGUUGGCGUUUGCGUUGGCAUAUUGGUGAUAUGAUUAGCCAGUGUGAUUAUAAUGAUAUAUAAUUAAAAAAAGUUGUGUCAAAUGCGUUGUUGCGAUCAUUUUAAGAUCAAACCAGUUAAUUAUUUGUACAAAUUGGAUUUAAAUGUUUUGAAUAUAUAACGUAUGUAUGUGAUAAUAAAAUUUUCAUAUGAAUCUCUUAUCUGACAAUACAUGGCGUUAAAUUAAGACGUAUUUUAGACGUGGAGAGUUGUUAUAGAAAAAGACAGUAUUUUUAAUUGCAAAGAGUAAUGUUUAAUUGUUUCAUGAAAUGUAUUGGUAUUUUUUAAUUAGGAAAUUUUUAUUUUAAUAAAAACACUACGAAAUUA